GUUUAAGAAAAAUUCCAGUGAUGGGAGGAUCCAUGAGAACUAGAAGCGUUUGAAAAUUGAUAGGCCGCGGGAUAUUAUUCGGUAAUACAUCAUCUAUUAGUCUUGGGCAAAGUAUCUGAACGCACUUUAAAGUGUCACUGUCAACGCAAGUGACGUCACGUCAACGUCAGUGUCGUGUCGUCAGUGUGUGUCACUAAACAACUUUUUUUCGUCAUGAAUAUUUUAAUGUAAAAGCUCUACGAAUUACAGUAUAAAAUACGCAUAAUAUUUCUAAAGAAAAUAUGGUGUAAAAUUCUCCUUUUAUCCAAUAAUGAUACAAAUUAUAACGAUGUUAUUGUUACAUGUGCAAACGACUUUAUCAACUUUAUAGCAUUGUGUUUGUUACAUGUGGUUUUUUGUUAAUGAAAAUUGACAUGAUUGAAGCUUUCCUGUAUUUAUGAUUGGAAUAAAUAACAACUGCCAUAAUGAGUUCUCAAUCAUAUCAUCAUCAACGGGAGAUGGAGGGACGGAUCAGGAGGUUUGACAGUGCGUGUGUUGCAGCAGUGCACCAUAUUGGGCGUUUACAAGAACAAGCAAGAGGCUUCCUGGGCCAGCCAUCAUGUGAACCUAGAGAGUUUAGGCACCGCUUUCUGCAGUGCAGCAGACAGCUAGAUGAAUUCAUGUAUGCCGUAACGGAAUUCAACCUGGCAGCAAGCAGUUUCGAAACCAACAGUGCUAAUACAGAUACAUAUCACCCUGUACCACCAAAAAACCCGAAAUAUUCACGUGAAUUAUCGUCUUCUCACUCUAAUACACCAUCUCACUCUAACAUGCAGAGGUUACCAACAAACGAUAGAAAGUCAUACAACAGAAGGGAGAAUAGAGGAAUAAGUCAUACAAAACAAACAUUUAAGAGAGAGAAUUGGAGAGAGAGUAAUUUGAGUUCUAAUGGAAGAGAUUUAAAUAAAAUGGAAGGAAAUAAAACAGUGGAGGAGCAAAAUGAAGAUUUAACUAAUACAGGAUGUCAACCGGUGGGCCUGCCACCGCAACCAAAGUUGGAUCCAGCAACACACGAAGCUACCAUUGUCACUGUGAAUGGCGUCCAAUUAUGGAUAGUAGUGGAUGAUACUUUGCUCCUCAGGCUUAUGGAAGAAAUGUUGAAUUAUUACCAAAAUCGAGAAGUUGUGGAGAAAUUCAUUCCUAAAAGCGUUUGUGCUUACUAUGACGAAACUGUAACUAAGCAUUUCCUUAGAGCUCUCUACGUAACGUCAGAGGAUGGUGAUCCGGAAGUAUUUCUUGUGGACACGGGGGAAUUCCAACCAGCUACCCAAAGUCGCCUGUUGCCUCUCGCCCCGCAGUUCGCAACCACCCCGCCUUUGGCGCAUCUCUGUUAUUUAGCCGACGUAGAUCAGACAGAAGAUAAACAAUUAGAAGACAGGCGAACAGAAUUUCUGCAACAAUACUUAGGACAGCGACACGAAAUUAAACUUGUUGAAGACGUAAAUGAAGAUGGUUCUUUGCUGUCUCUGGGUGUUUACGUGUUUUUAGACGAUGGAACUACCGUCAAUGAGCGAGUGCAAGCACUGGAUUCGAACGAUGCAGAAUUGAACAAUAACUCCAAAACUAUUACUAACAACGAAAGCAUACAUUCUUUGACUGAAAUAAAUAAAUUAAAUGAUAAAAUCAAACCUGAUGAAAAUGAAAAUAUAAAUAUACUUAACAAAUCUAAUGAAAAUAUUAGUAAAGAUAUAAGUUCUGAAGAAACUAAAAUAACAUUAGAUGAAAUACAUACAUUUGAUGAAGAAAUUGAUAUAAACGCCAAUUCUGAAGAAAAUAAAAUAGAGACAGAUGAAAUUAAUAAUAAAAAGGUGAAUGAAAUUGACCUUAGAUCUGAUGAAGAACGGGUCCAAGAAUUGGAGGCGAUAGAAAAUAUAAAUUUAGAUGAAAUGAAAUAUACAGAACAUGAGAAUGCGGUAGAAGCUGUUACGGGCUAUAACAACAGGGAUGAAAUGGACAUCUGCAAGCAUUACAAAGGGGGCGAGGGCUGUUUCAAAGGCAACCGGUGCAACAAACGACACGUCAAAAUACACCCAGAGGGCUGGACGUUAGACCGCGUAUCCGUACCUGUCAAAUGUCCAUCUCCGCCCCUCCCCCCGCCGGGCACGUGGCACAAGGUCAAGGUCACACACAUAGAUGACACGUGUCAGCUGUACGUGCACUUUGAAGGACCAGGUGAGUGUCUGUUAUUACCAUAUGUCCACCGCCCUCCCCCGCCGGGCACGUAGCACAAGGUCAAGGUCCCACACAUUGUUACUGCCAAAUGUCCAUCUCCGCCCCUCUCCCCGC